AUGUCAGUCAUACGUUCUUCUGUGCGGACCCCUCGUCCAAAGAUGCCAUGGGGUACGAUAAUUAAGCCUGAAUUUGAGAUGGGACACCAAAAGAUGACAGGUUACGAAAUAGAUCAGACGGUAGAGCGGUUGUACAAAGUUCAAGCUGUAAAAGAGAGGGUUUACGAGAGACCAGGUCCUAAACUUCCUCCUGAGGAAGCAGAUGAAAUUUUUGCAAGGCUAAGCACCGUGCCAGCAGGGACCCAUGUUCCGGAUAGUGACCGUAGGGUGAUGAAAUCAAUGAACUCUUCUAUGGGCGUUGUCAGUUCUUAUGCAUGGAAGGGCUAUAACUGA